CUCGCUUUCCCUAGCCCAGAGGAAGGGCGCUCCCCCCCUGAACCUCCGCCAGGCCUUAGGGCGAGCUGCCUUUCGCCGUUGCGGUGCCGCCUCUGUCGGUCCCGCCCCGCGGUGACGGCGGCGAUGGCGGCGCUGGGGCGCGCGGCGGCCGGGGUUCUUACCAAAUUGCAGACUUCAGCUCCUGCAAUACGAACUCUAUCAUCAAAUUCCUUUUCUCAAAACAUUCCAAGCUGUUUGUGGAAACUGGGCCGGCUUAACCACGUGGCAAUUGCUGUACCUGAUUUGGAGAAAGCCCAGUCCUUGUAUAGAGAUGUGUUAGGAGCACAGGUGAGCGAGACUGUUGCUCUUCCCGAACAUGGUGUCUACACUAUUUUUGUGGAGCUGGGAAAUACCAAGCUGGAACUUCUUCAUCCUUUAGGAGAGAAAAGUCCCAUUGCAAGCUUUCUGCAAAAAAACAAGACUGGAGGAAUGCAUCAUAUCUGCAUUGAGGUUGAUGACAUAAAAGUGGCUAUGACAGAACUGAAGAAAAAAAAGAUACGAAUAUUGAGUGAAGAGCCAAAAAUAGGCGCACAUGGCAAACCUGUGAUUUUUCUUCAUCCUAAAGAUUGCCACGGAGUCCUUGUGGAACUUGAGCAAGCCUGAGCUGUGAUAUUCAUAAAUAAAACAAUAGAUAGUUGUGAAGUUACUGAGCUGGUGCUGGGAAUAUUGAUGUGGUAGUCAGUCUUUACAAGUUCACUGUAGUUCCUGUGGAUUAAGUACAGCUUUUGAAUACUGAAACAGAGCUACAAAUUUGGGGUCGUUUCUUUUUUGUUGUGGUUGAUCUGAUUUUCAGAAUUAAUGUAUUGGAAUUUAUUGAAUUCUUCGUGAUUCCAAAGACAAAUAUGUGAGCCAUGUUACAUAUGUAACAUAGUAAUUUAUGUUCUGUUGCCUUAUGUUUGCAGCAUGGUUUUGCCUCUGUAACCACAGAAACUACAAUUUCUAGGUCAUCCCACAUUAUUUUGUUCUACAUUUCAGAGCAAAGACACACUUCUCACUGACAACGAUACAGCUUAGAUAUUCCCUUUUGAAAUAAAGGAGAAAGGAACAUUGUAUUUUCUGUUUUCACCAUUCACCGUCUGUGGUCCACACUGAUAGAUUGGUUCAUAGAAUAAAAGAAAUCCUUAUGUUAUUGUAUGGGUGUCUGCAAUGAGUAAAUAAGGUUUUUUUUGGCAUAACAAUUACUGCUAUGGAAGUUACCAUGCAUAAAUCAUCAUUUAGUUGUUUUAUGAACUCUGUGGAUAUGCAGGGAAUGGAAGAAAAGUACCUAAAAAUUAUUUCCCUGAAAUAUAUUUCAGACUGUAAUGUACUUGUCAUUUUAAUUUUUUCAGGUAUUGAAUAUUUGCUUUUUUGCAAGCUUUAUCCUUAGGAAGAUACCUGGGAGAGACCUGAACAAACAGCGAUUAAUCUUUUCAUUUCCUUUUUGAGUAUUGUUUUUUUUGUGCAAAAGCAGUUACAAAAUCAGUGCGAAACACAAGCCACAUAAGUCUGGAUUACGUACAUUGUCUUUAACAUCAGAGAGCACACCAGCAUACUUAUGUUUCUGAUAGACUGCAGUCACAGUUUGUUGACUUAUUCAUGGACAGACUUCACUUUAUUGGUGUAUGUUAAGCAACCAGUAUUCAUGCCGAUACUUUUCUUUUAUAGGUUUGUUUUGACAUGUCAGCUGUAGAAGCUUGCUGUUUCUCUCUUUUGCUUUAUCCGUAAAAGUAGUAUAUUUUCCUAGCUAAACCAUAACCUGAAUUUUAUAUUUUCCUGCAUCUCUGCAUAUGCAGUGAAUAGUUUCAGCUUGAUAUGAAGUAAAUUCAUUUUAGUCUAACAGAAUUUUUACUUCAUGGAAAUGGAAUUAUUUGUUUGCGACAACCAAAUACACGUAUAAUGUUGACCUGAGAUUUAAACAAGCCUUUAACAACACUGAUUCUUCCUUAUGAAUUUUGCUUCUGACAAAAAGCUCUGUAAAGCCAUUCAUUUUUUUUUAAAAUGAGAUAAUUUUAUACUCAAAACCUCCUUCUGUCAUAUUUGAAGAAAAAUACAGUCUUCUACAGGGUUCUUGCAUUUCAGCAAAUCAUGGUAGUUUGUGAUCUAAAUUCUAAUUUGAAUUUAGAACUCCUAAGGCUCACGAUGGAAAAGCAGUGUGAUAUGAUAUUGCUGAAACACGAUUCUGCUAUUCUAGGAGACAUUCUAUUAGUAAACCUGCUUUCGCCUUUCUGUUCCUUCAAAGACGAGAGGCAUCUUUUCUGCAAAACUAGCAUAGAAAUGCCAAGACUAGAAACGUCACUGGUUACAUGUCAAGAUAAUUGAAAAGAAGUCUUUGAAAAUACCCUUAGUUUGGUGCAACAGAAAACAGGACCAUCCUCCCUAGGUUCAUAUUCCAUUUCUUUGUCCUGUCAGAAGGAGAUGCAAUUUUGUGUAUGCCAUCAAUACACUCAAGAGUAGUAGCUUGAUAGAGUACUAGGGAAUGGAGAUUUUGAGUAAACAGUACUUACUCUACUCCGCUUGCCUCAUUGUGCUCCCCGUCUUGUUAGCAGAAAGAGACUUGUAAUGCUUUUAACUAAUAACCAGCAAUUUUCCUGACUGACUGCAGUAGGGUUGCUUACCACUAAGUCAGCUGAUUUAUUCAUCAUAACUAAGUUAUGCUCCUAUGAUAUGAAAAUGUCCACCUCUGGAGCUCUGUGCUUGAAAGGAAAGCUAAGAGAGCUGGACAGCUGAAGAAUCUGAAGACACAUUGAGAGAAGUUGUCUAUUCAUAAGCCUAAUUCCCAUGGGCUUCAGAGGGAACACGCUCAGCCCUUGUGCUUGUAACAAACUUCUAGUCCUUCACCUUAAACAAGAGAGCCUUCACAAGCCAUUCUUUGUUCUGACUUUCUCAGGGCUUGGGAGAGUGGUGUUAGAUAUAUAGGCCUUACACUUUGUCACUGCCAGGAUUAUAAGAGGGGAAUAACAUAAAGAAAAACAGUGGACGUUCAGGGAUGGACACUGCAGCAACAGAGAUUGCCAUUUGUUUCUUGCAGUGGAGGGAUGCUUAAUCAUACACCCCUGUUGCACCAGUGAACAACUUUUGGAAAGAAAAACAGUGAUUCAAAUAAUUGGAGCCUGAUUAGGUCAGAAGAGAAUUAGGCUUUGACAACUGGUGUUUGUUGUUUGGUUUUUUUUGGUUUUUUUUUUCAAAAGGUACAGUGAAACUUUCCUUUCUGAUAAUGUCAGGCUUUUCAGAGGUGAAGCGUUACUAUUUUGUCAGUAAAUUUUGUCACGCUUGGUUUGUUUGUCAACUGCAAGCUCGCUGUUCCAAUCUCCAUGUGCUUUUUUUCCCUCUGAGCUCAAGCAUGUUCCAAUUUUAUGCUGCCUCAGUCAGACAAGACACAUUUUCCUGGACUCCAUCAACAUUACUUAGGCAGCUAAAGGGCUCAUAAUUAAAUGAUGCAAAAUAUCUUUUUUUACUUCCUCACGUCUCUCCUCGGUGGGAGGAGAACAGGCUGCAGAAUUAAUCCUAUACCAUGUGAUGAGACAAAACUAGAAGCAAACUCGAAAGCUGAGAAAAGAACUAACUACAUGUCUUUUAAAAGCUAACUUUACAGUUUUACAAAUCUACAAAAACUCUCGUGCUGUCAUGCUUAUGCUUCAAUUAAUUCACCUGAAUUCAGAAAAAAUGGUUAUUUCAUUCUGAAUUCAAUUGCUUUCAUUAUUACCAUAUUUACCCAAUUUACCACUAGUUUUGGAAGAAUGUAAUCUAUCAGUGCUUAGCACAGUUAACACACCCUGAAAACCUAGAAAGCUGGGAAUGGAUUGCAAGAGGAACCAAAGAUGGUCCUUGCUUCUGCAGACCACUUCCUGGGUGGGUAAUAUUGUGUUCAAUUCUGAGACUAGAGUUUACUUUCUUAGUUGCACGUGCAAAAGCAUUGCUGUCUAUUGUUGAGGACAGUCCUUGGAUUUGGACAUAGCACUAAGAUGGAUGAAUGGAAGUUGGUGGGACUAAGGAAGUAGCAGCAUGCAGAUGCUUACAAUAUCUGGUUGAGGUACUUACAGCUGGUGCUCUGAAUCAUUUCCUUGGUGCUUCAUUGGAUUCUCUCCUUGUAAGAAAUGCGUUCUGUAGUGAUCCGACUUGGGUGUAUUGAGCGCA